AUGCGGAACCACAAGGGCAACGAGAAGGAGUACAUUCAGAACUGCCUGAAGGAAUGCCGUGCCGAAAUCCGUACCCAGGACCUCGACCUCAAGGCCACCGCCCUCCUCAAGCUGGUCUACCUCGAAAUGUUCGGCCACGACAUGUCGUGGGCCUCCUUCAACGUCCUCGAGGUCAUGGCAUCUCCCACCUACCACCAGAAGCGCGUGGGCUACCUCGGCGCCAUCCAGAGCUUUCGCCCGGACACCGAGGUCCUGAUGCUGGCCACGAACCUGCUUAAGAAGGACCUGACGGCCACAUCGACGACCACCAUUGCACUGCCCAUCGUGGCUCUGCCGCAUGUCAUCACACCCUCUCUCGCCCUCUCGACCCUGUCCGACAUCCUACCUCGCCUGACCCAUUCUCAUCCCUCGAUCCGCAAGAAGGCCAUUGUCACUCUCUACAGAAUGGCACUGGUAUACCCCGAGACGCUUCGUGCUGCCUGGCCCAAGAUCAAGGAUAAGCUGAUGGAUGUGAACGAGGAUCCCAGUGUCACAGCCGCCAUCGUGAAUGUCGUUUGCGAGCUCGGAUGGCGCAGGCCACACGACUUCCUACCUCUGGCGCCGAGGCUCUUCGAGUUGCUCGUCGACAGUGGGAACAAUUGGAUGGCAAUCAAGCUGAUCAAACUGUUCGCUACCCUUACUCCCCUUGAGCCUAGACUCGUGCGCAAGCUGCUCCCCCCUUUGACGGAAAUCAUCCGAACAACACCUGCCAUGUCCCUCCUGUACGAAUGCAUCAACGGUAUCAUUCAGGGAGGCAUUCUGGGAAGUGGUGAUGAUGAUGCUGGAAGAGAAGAGAUCGCUUCGCUCUGCGUUAACAAGCUCCGUUCCAUGAUCAUGGUCGACGGUGAUCCGAACCUUAAAUACGUUGCGUUACUUGCAUUCAACAAGAUCGUUGUCACGCACCCCUGGCUUGUUGCCCAACAAGAAGAUGUCAUCCUCGAGUGCAUCGACAGCACUGACAUCUCAAUCCGCAUCAAGGCGCUUGAUCUGGUUCAAGGAAUGGUCAGCAGCGAAAACCUCACCUCGAUCGUCAGUCGCCUGAUGAGGCAACUGAAGAUUGCUUCUGCUGAGGACCGUGUUGGUGCUGCCACAGAUCCUGCAGACCUGGAGUCUGAUGAAGAGGCUUCCGGAAGGAGACUAAGUCCGGCACAGAGGGUCAAGGAAACUGCACCACCACUCCCAGAUGAUUAUAGGAUCGAUGUCAUCAACAGGGUACUUAGUAUGUGCUCCCAGCAAAACUACAGCAACUUGACCGACUUCGAGUGGUAUAUCGAUAUCCUGAUCCAGCUGGUUCGGACCGCACCGCCCCCACGGCCCAUGGAUGAUAUGAAUUCGUCAUCACCGUCUGGGAAAUUCAGUGUUGGAGACGUGUCGGAGAGGAUUGGUGACGAACUCAGAAAUGUUGCGGUCAAAGUUCAAGCCAUCCGGCCUGGAUGCGUGGAAGCUGCCGAGAUCAUCAUGGCCUACUUCAGCAAGGAUGCACCCAUCGGCCAUCAAGUGGUCUCGGGCGCACUGAAACCCGUGGCCUGGAUCAUAGGCGAGUUUGCCUCGGAAGCCCGCUCUGCAGAGGACUGCCUCGAUUCGUUACUACAAUUGAUCCCACGAACAUCGUCUCCGGAGUCCUUGUCGGCUUGUCUCCAAGCUGCCACCAAAGUGUUCGCGCUCAUCGCCGGCGAUGCCUACGGUCUCUGGACUCCCGAGCGGAAAUCCAAGAUAUCACUCUUGAUGGCUCGUAUUAUCCAUGCUUUUGACCCCCUGGCUAUGGACCCAAAUCUCGAGGUUCAGGAGCGGGCCGUUGAGUUCAUUGAGUUGUUGAAGUUGACAGCUGAGGCUGUCUCCGGCCAGGAUGCAUCAUCAGCAGAGACACCAGGCGAUGCGCCGCUGCUCCUCGUACAAGCAAUACCGUCCUUAUUUUCUGGAUGGGAACUUAACUCCGUCGCCAUUGGUGCGCAGACCAACGUACCUUUACCUGAAGGGCUCGAUCUCGACGAGCCCAUCAAUCCCAAUCUCAACCAUCUCCUUGCCUCCGCCGAAUCCAUGGUGGUUCCCGCGGAUGAGGCAGACGAGUUCGAGAUUUAUUACAACAAGCGACCUCCGCCUACCAGCAUAUCCUCAGAACCAGCAGUCAGUCGCCUGAUCGAGAGCAAAGAGGAAGUCGUCAGCUCGUACCAGCAGCCUGCCGAGGACACCUAUCUCGACGCAGAUAUCCUCGCUAGACGGAAAGCUGAGCGACUCGAACGCAAUCGAGACGACCCAUUUUAUAUCGGAGACACGGGCAACCUUCCAGGAACUUCAACACCGAUUCACAACAUCCUUCAAAACUCCAAUGGCCCCGACUUUGACGUGGAUUCCAUUCCCGUCAUGGAGCUCGACUUGAAUCAGUUGAACGCUGGCAUGAGCUCCAGCCUACCAACGCAAAAGUCUUUGCCCUCGAGACCGAAGCCGAGACAGAAGAUUGUGGUCGCAGCCGACGAGACUCUCACCGGUAGUGGCGGCUCGACACCGCGGAACUACGACUCGGAAAACAACUCUGACAGCUUCACCAAGUCGCGCGCCAAGAAAUCCAAACAUCUCGGCGGACUGCUCGGUGUAGACUCGGCGAAUAUCGGCUCCUUCAGCCUCGACGACGAGCCAAAGAGCGGCUUCGACUACGAGGCCAAGCAGCGGGAAGACGCCGAGAUGGCCCAGGCCGUUAAGGAGGUGGAACGGCUCCGCCUCGAGAUGCAGCGCGCCAACGAGCGGAUACAGGUCGCCCAGGGCGUGGACGCCGAGGGCACCGUGGUCAAGAAGAAGAAGACGAAGAAGAGCAGCGCUACCGCCGUCGCUGUGUCUGGCGCGGAGGGUGCCGGGGCCGAUGUCACCGUCAAGCCAAAGAAGAAGAAAAAGAAGGCGCCCGUUGUCGAGGAGGGCCAGGACCAGCAGGCAGUGGUCGACGAUGCUGCCACACAGGAGGCCGACGAGACACCCGAAGCGGUUACGGUGGCCAAGCCGAAGAAGAAGAAGAAGAAAGCAAGGGCGGCCGAGAUCCAGGAUUAG